CUACCCUCACUUUGAAGCAAACUAGCAAAUUUUCCUAUGCCACCAAUACCAACAAUGGAACCUUCUCCACAAGAAUUCAUCUUCAGAUCCCCACUUCCUGAUAUUCCCAUUCCCACGCACCUUCCACUACACUCUUACUGCUUCCAAAACCUCUCCCAAUUCCAUCACCGAACAUGCCUUAUCGACGGCGACACCGGCGAAACACUCACCUACGCCGAAGUCGACCUCGCAGCCCGCCGCAUCGCCGCCGGUCUCCACAACAUCGGCAUCCGCCAGGGUGACGUCGUCAUGCUCGUCCUCCGCAACUGCCCCCAAUUCGCCCUCGCCUUCCUCGGCGCCUCCCACCGCGGCGCCGUCAUCACCACUGCCAACCCCUUCUACACUCCGCAGGAGCUGGCCAAGCAAGCCACCGCCACCAAAACCAGGCUCGUCAUAACACAAUCCGCGUACGUGGACAAAAUCAAGAGCUUCGCCGACAGCACUGACGUCAUGGUCAUGUGCAUCGAUACAUGUCCCCCUGAGAACGACGGCGUUUUGCAUUUCUCCACGCUAACUAACGCCGACGAAACGGAAGCCCCCGCCGUUAAGAUUAGCCCUGACGACGUCGUCGCGCUUCCGUUUUCUUCUGGCACUUCGGGGCUCCCCAAGGGCGUUAUGUUGUCGCAUAAAAACUUGGUCACCACUAUCUCGCAGUUAGUUGACGGCGAAAACGCGCACCAGUACACUCACAGCGACGAUGUGCUCCUCUGCGUGCUGCCUAUGUUUCAUAUCUAUGCUCUAAAUUCAAUUUUACUCUCCGGGAUUCGAUCCGGUGCGGCCGUUCUCAUUGUACAGAAGUUUGAGAUGACGACUCUGUUGGAGCUGAUCCAGAAGUACAGGGUAACCGUUGCGUCGUUUGUGCCACCCAUCGUUUUGGCGUUGGUUAAGAGCGGAGAGGCCCACCGAUACGACCUCUCGUCCGUUCGAGCCGUCGUCACCGGCGCCGCACCCUUGGGAAAGGAACUACAAGAAGCUGUGGAAUCAAGGCUACCACACGCCACUUUCGGACAGGGGUAUGGGAUGACAGAAGCAGGACCACUUGCGAUUAGCAUGGCAUUUGCAAAAGAACCCUCAAAGAUAAAACCUGGUGCAUGCGGAACCGUUGUCAGAAACGCUGAGAUGAAAAUCGUCGACACAGAAACUGGUGUUUCUCUUCCCAGAAACGAAACCGGUGAAAUUUGCAUAAGAGGCACAAAGGUUAUGAAAGGAUAUCUAAACGACCCAGAGGCUACAGAGAGAACCAUAGACAAAGAUGGAUGGCUCCACACAGGAGAUAUUGGUUACAUCGACGAUGAUGACGAACUCUUCAUUGUUGAUAGGUUAAAGGAAUUGAUCAAAUACAAAGGGUUCCAAGUACCUCCCGCUGAGCUCGAAGCUUUGUUAAUUGCUCACCCAGACAUCUCUGAAGCUGCCGUUGUACCCAUGAAAGAUGAAGCUGCGGGAGAAAUUCCUGUUGCAUUUGUAGUAAGAUCAAAAGGUUCUGAGAUCACUGAAGAUGAGAUAAAGAAAUACAUUUCACAACAGGUGGUGUUUUACAAGAGAAUUGGUCGGGUUUUCUUCACAGACUCUAUUCCUAAAGCAGCCUCAGGCAAAAUUCUGAGGAAGGUACUAAGUGCAAGAGUUAACGAAGGUGUGGUGGUGGCCAAUUAGGUCCUUGUGACACACCACAAAUCUUCUUUUUUUUGUGGUUUUUGUUCCGAUUUUUACAUCUCGUUUUCAACAAUCGUUUGUGUUGUAUAAGUUUAUUCAUGUGUAA